CCGACAGGCUGACGAGAAACAGCGAUCGUUGUUCCACGAAAAAUGAUUACUCUCCGGAAUAUUUGUAAAUGAUCCGUUAUGAAAUAUAGAACCAAUGUAUAUUUAAUAGCUGCGGUUAGGAAUCGUCACUGAUUAAUCAUGGCAAGAUUCUUCAUGGGAGGACAGUGGCCGGCGACAUGGAUUUCUUUGUGUUUGCCGCUGCUGAUUGUUGUUCAUCCAGAGGGCAUCUCUGCCCAAAUAAGAUAUUCAAUUCAGGAGGAAGUAAAACCGGGAACAGUGGUUGGAAAUGUUGCCAAGGACCUCGGACUGGAAGUCGGCAGGCUGCUGCAGAGAAAUCUCCGUGUGGUGUCAGGAACAAAGCAGGAGCAAUUCAAGGUAAAUCAGAAUGAUGGUGUUCUAUCUGUCCACCAGAGAUUAGACCGGGAGGACCUGUGCGGUAACGCCAUGCCGUGCAUUACUAAUCUCAAGGUGGUUGUGGAAAACCCUUUGGAGAUGCAUCAAGUCCUUGUUGAGGUACUGGACGUGAACGAUAACUUGCCAAGAUUCCUUGAUGACAAUUGCACUUUGGAGGUGCUGGAAUCUGCUGUAAUUGGAUCCAAACUCCAAGUGGAGGGCGCCCAAGACUUGGACGUGGGCAUGAAUUCUGUCCAGAUGUACAAGCUGAGCCACAACCCAUUUUUUCUCCUAGAAACUGAAGACUUUGGUGAGGAAGGGAGGGUGCCUUUUCUUGUGUUACAGCGGCCUUUGGAUCGAGAAAACGCAGCACAGCACCAGUUAAUAUUAACAGCCGCAGAUGGGGGCAAACCACCUAAAACAGGUACUAUUAACAUCACCAUUAUUGUAUCUGAUAUAAAUGAUAACGCACCAGUGUGUGACCGUCAGAAAUACUCCAUUAGCGUGAAGGAGAAUGCACCUGUGGGGAUAUAUCUACUGACAGUGAACGCAUCAGACUCAGAUGAGGGACAGAACGGUGAGAUUGAAUAUUCUCUAAGGAGCAAAUUAAGAGGACUCGCCAGCAUGCCAUUUGAUUUAAAUAAAAAAGGUGGGGAACUAACAGUAAAAAGAGAUCUCGAUUUUGAAGAGAGACAAGUCUAUGAGAUGAAGGUGCUGGCUGCGGACAAAGGCGCAGUGUCGCUGUCCACACAGUGCAACGUGCUAAUCCGUGUGGAGGAUGUGAACGACAACCGACCCAAAAUUGACAUCACCUCAUUGUUGAGUCGCAUCGCAGAGGACGCCCCUCUCGGUACAGUGGUGGCGCUAGUGGGUGUUAAUGAUUUGGACUCAGGUGCGAAUGGACAGGUGGUCUGCAGCCUGCCGGAACACUUGCCCUUUGCCCUCAAAUCGGCACCAGAUGGACAGUCAUACUCUCUUGUAACCAACGACUAUUUAGAUAAAGAGAGGGAGCAUGCGUAUGAUAUCUUAAUAACAGCAAAAGAUUUAGGGAUGCCCCCUAUGUCCUCUACUAAGAUUGUACAUGUAGAUAUACUGGAUGUUAAUGACAAUAGGCCUUUAUUCAGCGAAAGCCCUUUUACAUUUUAUGUGCUGGAAAACAACAAAGCAGGAGUGUCUUUGUUUUCUGUGAGGGCAACAGAUGCCGAUGGGGAAGAAAAUGCAGCUGUGACAUACUCACUCCAACGGAAAAGUGAAAGUGUGACAUCAUUUUUGAAUAUUAAUGAGAUCACUGGCACAAUUACAGCAUUAAAAAGCUUUGACUUUGAGACGCUGAAAAGUUUCCAAUUCCAAGUGGUGGCCACCGAUGGUGGAAGUCCUCCACUGAGCAGCAACGUGACAGUGAAGGUGUUCAUUCUGGAUCAGAACGACAACGCUCCAGUCAUCCUUUAUCCAGUCAGCUCCAACGGUUCUGCCGAAGGGGUGGAGGAGAUUCCUCGCAACCUGAAAGCAGGAGAUUUGGUGACUAAAGUCCGAGCCUAUGACGCCGAUAUCGGAUAUAACGGCUGGCUGCUGUUUUCGCUGCAGCGAGUCAGCGACCACAGCCUGUUUUCUUUGGAUCGCUACACGGGCCAGAUCCGAACACUUCGCUCCUUCACGGAGACGGACGAGGCUGAGCAUCAAUUGCUCAUCCUGGUCAAAGACAACGGCAACGUUUCGCUCUCGGCAACAGCGACUGUGACCAUCAAACUUGUGGAGCCCAAAGAGGCUUUUGCAGCUUCCGAUGUCAAAAGUGCAGCAAAAGAGGACGAAGAGGACAAUGUGACUUUUUAUCUCAUCAUCACCUUGGGCUCGGUGUCGCUCCUUUUUGUCAUCAGCAUCAUUGUGCUGAUCGCCAUGCAGUGCUCCAAAUCCACAGAGUACACGUCCAAAUAUCUGCAAGACGCCAAUUAUGACGGCACGCUGUGUCACAGCAUCCAGUACAGAUCAGGAGACAAGCGCUACAUGCUAGUCGGACCCAGAAUGAGUAUCGGUUCGACCGUAGUCCCGGGCAGCCACGCCAACACUCUGGUGCUUCCUGACAGGAGACACACUUCGGGGGAGGUAAGACAGACAUUUUGUUACUAAUAUAAAUGCUUACAAUCGACAUGAUGUGCAGCCCCAAAAAUCUGAUGUGAAGGUGCAAUUCCAUCCACUUUAAAACUGUUGC